CGAUUAAAAAAAGCAGACACCAAUGUGUGACGUUUCUCACAAAACGGAAGUGACGUUUUUGUGUAUGCACUGUUGUCGAUUUUGUUCUGCUAGCUAAUGCUUUGGAAAACCGUGACAACGGCUAUCUUCUAGUGCGCUGUACAAGCUAACAACAUGGGUGAGAGGAAAGGACAAAACCAUUACUACCCUCCGGACUUCGACCCACAGAAGCAUGGCUCCCUCAAUGGUUACCAUGGAACCCAUGCUCUACGAGAGAGGGCCAGGAAACUGUCCCAGGGUAUCCUCAUCAUCCGGUUUGAGAUGCCCUAUAAUAUCUGGUGUGAUGGCUGCAAGAAUCACAUCGGCAUGGGUGUACGUUAUAACGCUGAGAAGAAGAAAGUGGGGAACUACUACACCACGCCAAUCUACAGGUUCCGGAUGAAGUGUCACCUGUGUGUGAACUACAUUGAGAUGCAGACAGACCCGGCCACCUGUGAUUACGUCAUCGUGUGCGGCGCGCAGCGGAAGGAGGAGAGAUGGGACAUGGCUGACAAUGAACAGAUCCUCACUACAGGCCUCCUUGUCUUCCCUUUAUCUCUCAUGUGCUCUCUUCUUUUCUCACCUACCCCACUUAUUUCCCUCUCUCUACCACCCGCCAAUACCCUCCCCUCCUUUCCUGUCCUGCUCCCUCUGUGUGUCUCCCCAGAGCGUAGUGAGAAGGAGAAGUUAGAGACAGACCCCAUGUAUAAGCUGGACCAUGGUGGUAAGGACAAGGAGAAACUGAGGAAGGCUCUUCCCUCUCUAUCUGAGCUACAGGAUCAUCAGGCUGGAUGGAAGGACGACUUCAUACUCAACAGCAAGCUCCGCAGGAAGUUCAGGACUGAGAAGAAAGUGAUGGCGGAGGAGGAGGAGAAAGACAACGCCGUGAGAAAGAGGACAAAUCUGUCCAUCCCUCUGCUGCCUGAGAAAGAGGAGGACAAGAAACUAGCAGCACUGCUCACCUACACAGCUCCUGACUCCUACGAUGACAGGCAGAACUACAAGCGGAAGGAGAUCUCUAGCCGCUCCUGGUUCAGUUCCCCCACUCUGCCACCAGGUAGCGCUGCAGGCAGCCUACUUCAGAAGCUGGGCCUACAGGGGAAAGGUGCUGCUGUGGCCAAAGCCCUGGGUCCCCAAGUCUCCUCCCCUAACCCACACAGUCUCAUAAGGAGGAGGACCGAGGGCUCUGGGAACAAACCAGAGGCCUACGCUACAGUCACACGCAGGAAAUCAGACCCAGGAACCAAUGAUCUGGGAAACAGUCUCUCGCCGGAGGGGAAGGAGUUACAGGUUGCACAAACACAAAGGACUGGGGGGACAGAUUUGGGAGUUGCACAGCCUGAGCAGAGACAAGAAAUGGUUGAAACUCACAUGAGAUCUCUGGAGAUGCAGAUUCUUAACACCACCACAGAAGAAGAGGACAGAGGACGAUCGAAAGGAGAGGAUUGUGGGACAGUACUGGAGGACCAUGACAGUGGUUGCUCUGGGGUGUUGAGGACGUCACUGGUUGCAGACUACAGUGACUCCUCCGACUCCGACCCCGGGGUGUAGGGUGAAGUUUCCCCUAGAUGCUGAUCUUGAGUCAGUUUUGACUUUCCUCCACUAAAUAGUUACGGUUGGGGGAGGGGAAUCUGAUCCUAGAUCUGUAGCUAUGGUAAACAUCACCCUGAAGCCAGACCUAGGAGUAUGAGGAUGGACUGUUGACUUUGUGUUAGACAAACCAGACCUUUAGCCUGGUUAAAACAGACUGAAUGCUGAGCUCAAUAUGCUUGGAAAGUAGAGAUGUCAUAGAACCCGCCGCAGUGUUUGCUAGCAAAAGAGAUUUUGCGGUGGCUAAUUAACAGUACAUUUGCGAAUUGUUUUGCCCCAUAGUUAGCCAAAAUGAUAAGCUAGCCUGCUAAAAUGGUUUAGUCACUGCGACACUAUUUUGCUAGGUACAGUAGCGCUUCUGUGUCAAUAGAAUGUAUUCAAAAUGACUAAGUUGUCUCCUGUUUGGUUUACAUUUUAUCAUUGUGAUGUGCAUCCACUUUCUAUGUGUAUUGAAACAAUGGUGAGCGCUGCAUUCAGUCUGGUGUAAACCGGCUACGAGACAGUUUGCUCUAUGGCCAAAAUGUUUGUGUGUGUGUGAGAGACUGGGACUGAAGGUACAGUAUGUGUUUGACAACGGGAUCUUUUCACCCUAAAUAACCAUGGAUGAGAGGUUGUUUUCCAGUUGUAUUGAUUUGUGUAGAAGUCGUGUAUUAUACAGUGGAGUGAUGAUACGAAUGUCAUUGAAAACAGUUGUCCUUUGAUAUGCAGUGUAUGUCCACAUUGCUCUUGGUAAUGCAUGUACAUUUCAUUUAAUCUGAUAAAUAUCCGGGCCUUUGCGGCUCUCCCUGUAUAUCAA